CAGAGACUCACGUUAUUGUUACUGUUCUGAAACGCUAAAUUACACUCAGGUUGGAUUUCUUAUUUAAUAUUCUACGUCUAGUGCAGUCUUUUGCAUUCGUAGUGCAAAUUUAACAUUACUACUGCAAAGCUUUGAGCAAGUUCAAAAGAUUACUGCCACCAUGGAUCGUGUAGUUGACGAUAACGUAUUACAUACUAACCACGACAUAAUUCAGCAGUCACACGUUGCAAGAAACAUUCAGGAAGGAAGACCAUUUUGUGAAUGGUGUGGAAGAUAUGUUACGAUACAGGAAAAUACUGAAAAGACCAAGCCUUCCAAAUACAAAGAGCCUUCAUUCUUUAUCGUACAAACCUUAGAAAGGGCUGUGACAACAAUCCAUUAUGUCUCUACAGCUUUGUGCCCUGUUACUGGUUAUCAACGGACCACAAGUUUUUGCUAUACCCACCAUGUACUACAUCAGAAGGCAAUUUGAAUCCUGCGUGUUGGGGGGGGGGAACAUUUAAAAGAUUUCACCACCCAUUCAAUACUUGGCUGGAAUACGAUGUUCAUAAUAUUAUGAAUCCAGAGAACAAGCCUGUGAGUUUUACGACAGCAAAGCAUGUUGUCAAAGAGGCAGCUGCUGGUCGUCCUUUAGCCGAGGCUUUCAUUUCCGAUUGUGAAAGAACUUGGGGGAAAGGAAAACGUGUCUCACAAAAAAGGAAGAGGUACGGUGAUGACAGUGAAGACACCAGUCCGCCUACAGUUGUUACGGCAACCAGAACAAGUUCCGUCAUCAACAUUAUUCAAAGUAGCAAGAGUGGCGAACCAAAGGGCCACAGCAGCGCAAACAGUAUAGAAUUUCAAUAUUUGUCGGAUGAUGACGUGCCUCCAUUUUCACAAACAACGGCAAAGUCCUGA